AUGGACUACAUGAAGAGGGCAAUAUGGGGUCCCGACCCUAAGGAGCAACACAGGCGGAUCAAGGGUGUUUUGAGGAAGAACGGUCGGGCGAUAGACCGGAACCUACGGGAUCUUUCCGCGUUGCAGGGCAAGACGAAACAACUGAUCCAGCGGGCCGCUAAGAAGCAGGAUUACAAGAGCGUGCAGGUGUACGCGAAGGAGCUGUACCAGAUCAACAAGCAGUACGGGCGGAUGUACACGUCUAAGGCGCAGCUGGACUCCGUGGGGAUGAAGAUCGAGGAAGCGUACAAGAUGAGGACGAUCACGAACCAGAUGGCGCAGUCCGCGAGCCUGAUGCAUGAGGUGAACUCGCUUGUUCACUUGCCACAGCUGCAGUCCACGAUGGUGGAACUGGAGAAAGAACUGAUGAAGGCAGGGAUCAUCAGCGAGAUGGUCGACGACACGAUGGAGUCCGUUGGGGAGGACACAGAGCUCGACGAGGAGGUAGACGCGGAGGUUAAUAAGAUUGUUGAACAGUACACCAGCGAGCAAUUCUCAAAAGUCGGCACCGUUCCAGAAGACCGGCUCGCUGCAGAACAGCCCGUUGCAUCGCCGCCGCAACAGCAGCAACAGCAAGAACAGCCCAUCCCAGAGGGCCAAAUCGAAGAGGAGGCGGACAAAAUGCUUCAAGAUAUGCGUGACCGUCUCAAGUCCCUGCAGAACUGA